CUCAGGCCGUCGAGGCGGGGUGCGAGGAAGCGGGUCUGACGAAAUGGUGAUUUGAACAGAUAGUGACCUCCUGAAUUGGUGGUCUGAACGAAAAGUGACCGUCUGAAGUGAAGUGCGUGCCAAGAUUUCGCCAGCUGCUCAACGACUGACGACUGUCCUUAAGGGUUAUGCUGAAGCACGUGCAAGUCAACCCGCUGCGGUCCUCGCUGAUGCGGUCUGGCCAGAAGGCGGACACUCUGAGCAUCAACUCCACCAUGAGCUUCAGCUCACUGCACGAGCCGGCUCUGUCGUCUCGCUCCUCCUCCUACACAUCGCUGAACGAGACCCAGAGCAGCACGGGCAGCACCAGCGUGCCGGCCACGCCCACGACAACCGUGAAGGUGUACACGCGCUGCCUGCGACCCGACCUCGAGUACAAGACCAUGUGCGUCAAGUACACGACCACGUGCCGGGACGUGGUGGACCAGCUGCUCAACAAGUACCGCAUGAAGCACCGCGACCCCAAUUUGUUCUUCCUCACCAUGGAGGUGGCCACCAGAAGCACAGGUGCUUCUGUGCGGACGAUCCUGGUGCUGGACGACGACUCGUGUCCAGCCCAGCUGCAGGCCUGCUACCCGCGCGCCGACUCCAAGUUUACCGUCCGUAUGCGGCACGGAGGCCUGGUCAAGGUGUUCGACAGCGUGCUCAUGGCCGAGUCCAAGUACAAGAGCCUGCUGGUUUCGGAGAGAACAACAGUGGAUCAAAUGAUCCAGCUGCUGCUGAACUGCUACAACUCCACGGAGAGCGUCAACCUGUUCAGCAUUUACGAGAUAUGUCGCUCAAUCAGCAUCAGCUUCGAGCGCAAGCUGCAUCCGGACGACCGUCCGCUGCUCAUACAGCAAGAGUGGGCCUCCAGCAGCGACUACAGCUUCGUGCUGAGGAAGCGGCCGCCGGGCACACCGCGCAUCGGACGGGACUUCCCCCUCAGGCGAUCGUUCCUGCACUGGAGCAGGAGCCGCGAACUGAGCCGGGUCGGGCUGGAGACCGGGGCCGGCGAGGAGCGCCGCUCCAGGAGCCUGCGCGCGCCUUCACUCUCACUGGCUCUCGCCAAGGACCACGACAGCUUCCUCUACAUUUGAGGCGUCGCAGCUGCCGACCCUCCAACUGUACCAAAGAUCGGCGCCGGUGGUCGCACCCCUGCUCAGAACCUCGCGCGGUCC